UUCCUUUUCAACUACUCGAUUUCUUUUCUUCCCCUCUGCUCCUUGAAGAUCCAAAAUCCUCUGUCUUCCAUCCACAUGAAGAUCGUUGCGGCUUAUUUGUUGGCUAUUUUGGGCGGAAACACUCACCCUUCCAUUCACGACAUUAAAGCCAUUCUCGCCUCUGUUGGAGUUGAGGCCGAAGAUGAAAGAAUCGAGUUGCUUCUUUCACAAGUUAAGGGUAAAGAUGUUGCAGAGCUUGUAGCUUGUGGGAGGGAGAAGAUGGCAUGUGUUCCAUGUGGUGGUUCUGCCAUUCCUGUAGCUGCCGGCAGUGAUAGUGGCGGUGGUGCUGCCGCCGCUGUUGUUGCGGCCGAGCCUGUCAAAGAGGACAAGAAAGAAGUUGUUGAAGAAUCUGAUGAAGAUAUGUGCUUCAGUCUUUUUGAUUGACGAGAUUUAUUUGUGUCCUUCACCUUUCAAAGUUUGAUCAACUUUAGUUUAGAUUCAUUUUAAAUUGAUAUAUAUACCCUGCAACUUUGGGUUCUUAUUUAGGUGAAAUUUUUGUCAUGAACCAAAAUUUAUUUUGCCUUGAGAAUUUAUAAUCUUUCUUGCAUCCACGUUUUAUGAUCUAA